AUGUUCUCCGCACGAAACGCCGGCCUUCUGGCGUGUGCCUUCUCUACGGGUGCACUCCUCAUCUGUUUCUUCUAUGUGCCAGCCUUAGUCAUGAAGAUUCAAAAUAUCAACGAUCAGCUUCGCGUUGAUUCCGACGAGUUCCGCGUCAUAGCCGAUAUGACAUGGACGGAGCUGUCAAAAGCACGACUGAGUGAUGCGGGAAGGAUCAGAAGACAGGCUUAUGGUGCGCCGCCUCCACCACCAAAAAAGACCACAUAUUCAUUGCCGACAUCCUAUGUGAAGGAGGAUGCAUUCGUUGAUCAAGCCGUUUGCAACUGCGAUGUUAACAACGCUUGCCCUCCAGGACCACCUGGACCACCUGGAAAACCAGGGCUUGAUGGUGAACCGGGAGCACCCGGAAAGCCUGGAGCGCCAGGACUUGCUGGUAUUGCGCCUCCUGUCACAAUUGACGCU